CCAGGACCUUGCAACAUUUUCGGAGGCUUGUAGCUGUCAGAGUGGGCGACCCGUUCCUUCUUCAGCCGCGGUCGCGGCUGCGGAUCUUCUGACCAAGCCACCUCGUACCUUCCUCAAAUCCCAAACCACUUUCACUCUACAUCGCCAAAAUGGACCCCAUUCAUCCUUAUUUUUGUCUUUCGCUUCUCCUUCGAGGUUCCAUCUUGCGACGUUUUUGCUUUUCAGAAUGGCUACCGUGGCGAGAAGCGCCCGCGCUCAUAUGAGUCUCGCCAUGCCUACUACUCGGCGUGUAGCAGGUAUACCUUGUGGAAUCGAGCAGCCUACUCACCCUACUGAUGAAUUCGGUCCGCAACACAAGCUAUGGCAACUCCAGGAGUGCCUUCGCCAUGGGCGGCCCAUCGGACAGCAAGCUGGGGUACUGCAUGUACAGCCACAACAUCAGUCCCCGAACUCUCCAUCCCAAACCGCUUCCCUGAACCGCCUUCCGAUGCAACUCUCGAGAUAGGAGGAACCCAUCCGUUCGAGCCUAGCAUAGUGGAUUUUUACUUCGCGGCUAUCGAGCGCGGCGAGAAACCGACGGUGGGUCGCUUCAGUUUGCCGCAGGUUCUUGGUGAACCGGGUCCUGCAGCACUCAUGCGCACUGAGAACUCUUCGAAUCCAGAUAUUCGGUGGAUCCAUCUGCCAUUCAAUAGCAUGAAAUACACUAAGGAUCUGAUUGCUCGCGUGUGCAAAGACAUCGGCUUCUCAGGAGUUGAUGAGAUACUCAAGAAGAAUGUAUUCUCUUCAGACAAAUGGCUUGAUCGGCUGCAUCAUCGCGCAGAGGGGGACGGAUAUCAUGCAACUUACCUCGAGACAAGCUGCUUUGACAUCAACCUCACAGACGAAAACACCCGCCUGAUGCACGCCCAUCAUACAUACUUUGACAGCGAGGGGGCUUCAAUGGGAUUAUUCAUUCCAUUCCUACAUUGGGGCACCGAAGACAUCCUCGCGCAGCGGAACAUGAAACUGCGGGCUCUAGAAGCAAUGCGGAAGUCGAAUCUUCGAGCUUCUUCGCUUCAGCCCCCAUACGCACAGGGAGACUCAAAUAUGCUGGAUUUCUAUACUGAUAUGAUGACCGACCAGCUCUUCGACUCAGAAAACCCGCUUCAUCUGCGGCGCACUUUGGAUCAGUUCUAUUACACGCAUACACCAGAUACGUCCAAACGUGAUGAAGACCAAAUCGUAUCAAAACACGGUCCGGAUGCCGACAACAAAGGCAAGAGACCAAUGCAAAUUGUGGAUCAACUCUGGCUCUGGAUAUUGGGAAGCAACACCGUUAUCACCUGCUUUGAUCGGAGAUGGGUGGAAGAGAACAGUCCGCAGGCCAACGUCUACGAUAACGUCCUCUGGCAGCUUCGGCACAAUGGCCAAGCCAAAUGUAUCAAGUCUGGAUUUGAGCUCGCUCAUCUCAUCAUUGAGCAAGCCUCGAGCUACUUCUUCAACUACUCGCAUUCGCUGGAAGCAAAACUCCGAUUCAAGGAUAUCUUCCGCAAAGUGAUUGGCGAAAUAAGUGACGAGCAAAUAAAGCUGUUUAGAAUCAUGGCGGACCUCAGCGGGACAGACGCCCCCAUGAACUUCACUCGUGAUCAGCAAAACUGCCUCUUCGACGUCCAUGAGGAGUUUAACCUUCUCUACAAGAUACGCGAUGUCAUUGACGAGCUAACCAUUAUGAAGCGCGUCGUCGAUGAACAAAUGUCCCAACUGAAUCCUCUACUUGCAUUACAUUUCCACGAUACAUUCGGAAGGCACGAGACGAAGCAGGAUCUCGCCAUAGCUUCCGAAUAUGACCUUAUCAGGCACGAGAUACGGAAGAUGAACUGGGAUGAGAGAGAGUGGUUCAAGAGGACGGAGCAAUAUCUGAAGGCCCAUCACAAGGAAAUUGAGGAUAUGAUGACAGAGACGUUGAGAGUCUACGAUGCUCUUCGAGACACUAUCAGCCUGAAGCAGAACAACGCGAGUAUCUUCGAAGCACAUGCAAGCCGUAAGGAGUCCGAAGCCGUCACCCUAUUUACCUGGGUUUCAAGUAUUAUGCUUCCUAUGUCGUUCAUCAGCUCGGUUUUCAGCAUCAACGCCAUUGAGCUAGAAGAAGGCGGAAAAAUACGUCUAAAGGUCGCAAUGGCAUACAUAGUCCCGAUCUCCAUCGUCAUCAGCGUCGUGUUCGUCGUCAUUACCUUCUUCCGCGCAAUCCGCGAGUGGGCGACAGACCCAAUAUCUUCUGGAAAAGCAAAAAGGAACCUGCAGGGAGUCUGCGCAAGCAUGUCAUCUACGGGUGCGAGCAAAGUUGCGCGACAGGGUUCGCAGCGCAAGCGACUUCACAGGAAGAGCUGGGUGGAGGCCGCUCCAGCAACGAACGGUUAUGCAGACCCAAAUACGGUUUAAGUAUCAGCAUCUUUGAGUACUAGCAAUGCCUUUCUUCUCGCUGCUCAAGGCAUCAUCUGGGAGAGGACCUUUUUCUAUAUAAAAGCGAGUCGAUCAUGGAAUCGCACUUCAUUCGCUA